AGGAGACGCCGUCUGCCUGGCAGUCGCAGGUACUUCCGUUUCCGGCGGGGCAGUUGCCUUGGUAGCGGUGGCAGGGGGACGCGCUGGGUCUGGUAGUCGCGGCUAUGGCCGGGGCAGCUCCGAUCGCAGACGGGGAAUUCACAGCGGCCAUUUAUGGGCUGAUCCGGGCCGGGCGGUUUGCGGAGGCAGUGGGGAUCUUGGGCAGCGAGCUGCAGAGUAGCUGCCGCUCCCGGGCCGGCCUCUCGCUGCUCGGCUACUGCUACUACCAGCUGCAAGACUUCGCGGCGGCGGCCGAGUGCUACGAGCAGCUGGGGGCGCUGCACCCGGAGCUGGACGACUACCGGCUCUACCAGGCCCAGUCCCUCUACAAGGCCGGGCUCUACGCCGAGGCCCUGCGGGUCGCCAGCCCCCUGCUCGACGUGCCCGCUUACCAGGGACGCGCCCUUCGCCUGCAGGCUGCUGCCCACUACGCACAGGGUGACCUCUCCGCAGCCAAGAGCUUGGUGGAGCAGGUGCUGGCCUCUGCUGCCGAGAGCAGCCCUGGAGCCGCCGAAGACCCCUCAGAGCUGCCAGAUGCUGAGGUCAACCUAGGCUGCCUGUUGUACCGGGAAGGGCGGCACGAGGAGGCCUGCAGCAAAUUUGCAGGUGCCAUGCAGGUGCUGGGCUACUGCCCUGAGCUAUCAUACAACAUGGCGCUGUGCUGCUAUGCGGCCAAGCAAUAUGCACCUGCCCUCAAACACAUCUCUGAUAUCAUUGAGCGUGGCAUCCACCAGCACCCUGAGCUCAGUGUAGGCAUGACCACCGAGGGCAUCGACGUCCGCAGCGUGGGCAAUACGUUGCUCCUGCACCGCACUGCCCUGGUAGAGGCCUUCAAUCUCAAAGCUGCCAUUGAGUACCAGCUACGCAACUUGGAAGCAGCCCAGGAGGCACUCACAGACAUGCCCCCAAGAGCCGAGGAAGAGCUGGACCCUGUCACCCUGCACAACCAAGCGUUGAUGAACAUGGAUAGCCGGCCCACUGAAGGGUUUGAGAAACUGCAGUUCCUUCUGCAGCAGAACCCCUGCCCACCAGAGACCUUUGGGAACUUGCUGCUUCUGUACUGUAAACAUCAAUACUAUGACCUGGCUGCUGAUGUGUUGGCAGAGAAUGCCCAUCUGACCUACAAGCUGCUUUCACCUUAUCUUUACAACUUCCUGGAUGCCAUGAUUACAUGUCAAACUGCACCUGAGGAGGCCUUUCACAAGCUAGAUGAGCUGGCAGGAACAAUGACGGAACAGCUGAGAAAGCUCACUAAGCAGGUGCAGGAAGCUAGGCAAAACCGGGAUGAUGAGGCUGUCAAGAAGGCAGUUAAUGAAUAUGAUGAGACUCUGGAGAAAUAUGUGCCCGUCUUGAUGGCCCAGGCCAAGAUAUAUUGGGACAUGGAGAAUUACACUAUGGUGGAGAAGAUCUUUCGCAAGUCAGUGGAGUUCUGCAAUGAACACGAGGUGUGGAAGCUGAAUGUGGCUCAUGUGCUUUUCAUGCAGGAGAACAAAUACAAAGAGGCCAUAGGCUUCUAUGAGCCCAUUGUCAAGAAGCACUAUGAUAACAUCCUGCAAGUCAGUGCCAUUGUGCUGGCCAACCUUUGUGUUUCCUACAUCAUGACCAGUCAGAAUGAAGAGGCAGAGGAGCUGAUGAGGAAGAUUGAGAAGGAAGAAGAGCAGCUCUCCUAUGAUGACCCCGAUAAAAAGAUCUACCAUCUCUGCAUCGUUAACCUAGUGAUCGGCACGCUCUAUUGUGCCAAAGGAAACUAUGACUUUGGCAUCUCAAGAGUAAUUAAAAGUUUGGAGCCUUAUAACAAAAAGUUAGGCACAGAUACUUGGUAUUACGCUAAAAGAUGCUUCCUGUCUUUGCUAGAGAACAUGUCCAAGCACAUGAUCAUGCUGCGUGACAGUGUAAUCCAAGAGUGUGUGCAUUUUCUAGAGCAGUGUGAACUAUAUGGCAGGAACAUCCCCGCUGUUAUUGAGCAACCACUUGAAGAAGAGAGGAUUCACAGUGGGAAGAACACAGUUACAUAUGAAGCCAGGCAAUUGAGGGCACUGAUAUAUGAGGUCAUUGGGUGGAAUAUGUAAAUACUGUGGCAUUCCCAUUCAAGAUGGAGAUGGACUAUAAUUCUCUUUGUUUUAUUUUCACUUUUGUUGAUGUUGACUCUGGCUAUCCAAAGUAGUGAAUUUUCUCUUUGAUGUAUUAUAUUUCAAUAUAUUUGUUCUACUGUUUUGCUGUAUUUAAUGGAAGAUGGUGUGCUAACACAAAAUUAACAUGUUUAAUGACUAACGAUAUCCUCAUGCAUCAGUGAUAUUUUAUGGUUUGUUUUUUUUAAGAUAACUACCACCACAAACCUUAUUACAGAAAUGUUGUGGAGGUUCUUUUGUGUAUAUAGUUUUAUUAAUAUGAAGCUACAUUAACUAGCUUUUAUAAUCUGUAUGUUGACACUUUGAAAUAAUUUCUGUUCCUUCUCCUAUCAGUUUUGUGACUAGACUUUAAUGGAAAUCUGGUAUAAAGCCAUUUCUUUAAUUUAUGGUUAUUUCCCUCUUUUGGGAAAUGGUUUCUUUCUGUUUGAUUUUCCUACUGCACUUUUCAUAUAUUUUAUAUUAUAGUGGUUGUAUUUCCUAAUACAAAUUUAGUUUUUAUAAUAAAA